AUGGCCGAAAACGUAAAUAUAGAUAUUCCUGGAGAAAUUAAUGCUACAAUGGAAAAGAAAGGUUUUCAAAAGAUACUGCAGCAAGUUCGUAGUGGGGCUGGACCUGCUUUGGUGAUGGGAGUGCUAUCUACACGGAGACCAUGGUCUCAAUUUGUAGCCACUGACAAUUUCAAGGCUCCUGUUUCUCUGCCACGAUUAUCACGAAGAUUCUAUAAAAAUGUUGAAUACUUUCAAGCCAAUUACUUAAUUGUAUUUUUGGGAUUAUUUGCAUAUUGUUUAAUUACUUCUCCACUACUGUUAAUUGCUAUGGUGGCUAGUUUCUUUGGAUACAGAAAACUGACUUCAGGACCUAACACUUGGAAGAUAGGUGGUUGGGAACUAAGUAAGACCCAGCAGUAUGUGGUGGCUGCAGCUGUAUCCAUGGCCCUGUGUUGGUUGGCUGGGGCGGGGGCCGUUUUAUUCUGGGUGCUAGGAGCUACAGUGACAGUGGUAGCUCUGCACGCCAGCUUCUUUGAUGCGGAAACUCUGCCAGCGUCAAACGAUCCCGAACAGUUUCCUAUGAUCGAGCAAGUGUGA